CAUAUACUGGUGGCUUAAUAAUGCUCGACUUUCGAGCUUGAACCAGGUCUAGAAUCCAGAAUCGCAGACAGCUCAUUUGUCAGUUCUACUCGUAGUUAGCUUUUAUCAGAUGCAGUCUUUUUCAAAUCGACAAGGUAUUUAAAGCUCAUUCGUUAGUGUGUAUUGUUUAUCGAUCGAUUGGUUAAAAUUAUCCAUCGUGCAUUUAAUGUGAAUAUUUUUCGUGUUUGUUUUUUCUGUUCGCUAUAGUGAAGCUAGGUGGUGGUGGUGAGAUUUGAAAAAUCUUUAGUACCAACCAACAUUUCUCAAAUAAAAAUACCCGGUAAAAGUGAAAAAACCAUGUCAAAUUACGUGGCAUCGUGCUAUAAUCUAUCGGAUCGAAUUCUUAAUUUAGAAAAGCAAAUCUUAGAACGAGAGCACGAAAUGUGCGCGGCUGAAGCAAAAAUAUCUUACGAAGAUCUUAUAUCCGUUCACGAGAAAUUGGUAGAACAUGAAAACAAAUACUAUACAACUAGCAAUGGCUAUUCAUCAACGAGCUCCCUCGCCACAGAUAUGCGCGAGACCCAUUUGAAGACGACAAACCUUAAAAUAAAAUUGUCGAAAAUCAUAUCAUCGUUCGAAUCAAAAUCAUCAGCAGAAGCCAGAGUCAGUUUAGACUUGCUAUUCCAAAAAAGAGAAUCUUUGAUCAAACGAAUGUCUUUGUUGGAACCUAAAGAAGAUCUGAGUCCAGAAAAAGCUGAAGUAAUGUACAAUCAUCUCAAUUCGCUCUACGAGUCUUUCAAUUCAAAUCAAACUGAAAUCGAAUCACAAGUCAGUGGCGGUGAACUUGACAGCCAAAUGGAAAUUUUUCAGCAAAUUCAAAACCAGGUGAUCGAACUUCAAGCAAAGUUUAAAAAAAUUUUCGCACCGAUUGAACUUUCAUCUUCGUCGACACAAUCCGAGGCAUUACAAUCUGAGCAAAUUGAGUCAUCGGAAUUCGAAAGUAGCCUUCGAUCGAUAGAACUCAAAUUGUCAAAUCUUACGGACUUGUUGGAAUCGCGAUCAAGCAGAGGUGAAAGUGAAACUGAGAAUAAUAUCAACGACAUCACCACCCAUCUAGAAGAUAACUCGGAAUUGUCGAAGGAUAUCGAAGAGAAGAUAGUUUGCCUUCAAGCAACAUUGAAUAAAUUUGUCGACGGUAACGAACAACGUGAAAUAAACGCUCUAAAUAAGCUGGCUAAAAUUUUGGAAUCUAACGGUCGUCUGGAGCAAGAUUAUAAAACUAAGACGUUACCAUCUUUAUCGAAAUCGGAAAGUAAUCUUCGUGCGAUAGAACUCAAAUUGUCAGAACUCGUCACUUUGUGCAGAGAUUUGCCGCAUAUACGUUCGGAUGGACACGAAACCAGGCAAAAUGUCAUCAAGAUUUCCACCUCUUCCAAAGAUUAUGUGAACAUAUCUAAAGAUAUUCAAGCCAAGGUGUGUAAUUUACUAGCCUCUUACAAAUACCGUAGGUAGGUGGCUAGGUGCUGAUAUUUUAGAUGAUAUUCAGAUCACAGCGAAGCGCUGCACUAAAAAAGCCCUACUGCAGCCGCCGUCUUAUCGUAUAGGUAGCAUAAUUUGAUCCAAAGAAAAGAUUUUUAUUUUCGAAGAGAAUUUCGAGGUUAAAGUACCUAUCUAGAUUUGAAUGCUCAAAAUACUACUCUACUAGAUUUUUGUACUCUCUAAACAAAAUAAAAUUUUGUAAUUCACUUGUAAUUUUCUAAAAAUAACUGUUUUGUGAUUAAUUUGUAUAAUUAAAGUAUCAAAAAAUUUGAAUAUUAUAUAUACCUACUGUUUUUGAAGUAUGUACAUAUUUAAAAAUAAAUUUGUUUCACUCGGCUGAUUA